AGAUAACCUGGCAAAGAUGACAAGACAGAUAAGAUCUGCCAACAUUGGGCUGAUUCUGGCCUUGGUCCUUACGGUUCUUCACAGAGGAUCAUCAGCUCCAGCGUUAACGUGUGGAAUUCAACGGCCUGUUCUACGGAUCGCGGGUGGUGUGAAUGCCCAGCCUGGCGAGUGGCGGUGGCAAGUCAGUGUCCAAUAUCGCAACCAACAUGUAUGCGGAGGAAGCCUCAUUAAUGAUCAAUGGGUUGUCACUGCUGCCCAUUGCUUUUUCGAGAUUGGGAAAGAAAUCCACGUGGACCGUUGGAGCGUGCUCUUGGGAAGUCUGAAGCUGACAGGCCGGAGGGGCAGAGGGUCAAAACGGAAUGUCUCCAUGAUUAUCCCUUACGAAAACUACACCAGCUACGAGAUGGGUCAUGACAUCGCUCUGGUGCACCUGGCCAAGCCUGUGCGCUUCAACAAAGACAUUGCGCCCAUCUGCCUGCCCUAUGCUGAUCACCGUUUCGCCUUUGGGACCCAGUGCUGGUUGACUGGCUGGGGAGAUGUUGACGCCAAUGUCCAUCUGCCAGACCCCAUGCCCCUCCAAGAAAUAACCAUGGACCUCUUGACCGUCGACACCUGCAACUGCAUUUACAGCAAUCUGCGCAACAGGCGGAUCAUCAACCCUGCCUUGCCUGGCAUGGUCUGUGCCCUGACCCCUGACCGCAAGAGAGGACCUUGUAAGGGCGACUCAGGCGGCCCGCUGGUUUGCCUGGAGAAUGGCAGAUGGUUCCAGGCUGGGGUCAUGAGCUCCUCGUUGAGUUGUACCCAAUUCUACGGUCCCACCCUCUUGACGGACAUGAGAGCCUACGCCAACUGGAUCCAGCAUCAUGUUGAAGGGGCCUCCUUUGCCAAUCAGAUUGAGCCCAUACCCAACACCACUGACAGUUACAUGUGCACAGGCUGUGGGGUCCUGAAACAGGAGAACAAACCAUGGCCUUGGUAUACAAGCCUACGGUAUCAAGGACAGCAUGUCUGUGGAGGCACUUUAAUUGGUGAAGACCGGGUACUGACUGCUGCCCAGUGCUUCAUUGGCCGCCAGGAACCCGAAGAGUGGGAGGUGUUACUGGGAGAGCAGCUGGACGGAGGGAAUCAAACGUGGCAAGAGAAGAGGACUGUCCAAAACAUUGAGCUACACGGUCUCUACGUCGACAUGAUGGAAGGUUACGACAUUGCGGUAGUCACCCUGGCGCAACCUGUGGUGUUCAACGACAGCAUCCGGGCCAUUUGUGCUCCCUAUGCUGCCCACCAGUUCCCCUUUGGCUCUACUUGCUGGACCCGCGGGCGGAGAAUUGAUGAUCAUGGGAAGCCAGGUCCUCUGCAAAGUGUGGAGGUGAAAAUACUUGGCCCAAAGAAUUGCAACUGCCGCUACAAUGCGACCAGCGAGCCUGGGAAUGAAAUUCCCAUCGUAUCUGAGAUGAUCUGUGCAGCACCACAUAACAGAACCAUGCCUUGUGAGGUAAGCCCCGGAGAUCCCUUGGUUUGCAGUCACAAUGGGGUGUGGUUCUUGGCCGGAAUUUCCAGCUUUGGAAAUGGAUGUGGAACUAUAAUUCGUCCAGGGGUUUUCACACCAGCCCAGAAAUACGAAGAGUGGAUCAUGAAGGCUGCCUGGUCCGCAUACUACAAUGUGCAAAAGCCCCCUCUACCAAAGGCCACAGAUGAAGAGACUUGCCUCAAAGUGUAGCUUGCUUGUUAACAUCUAGCAAACUCAUGAAUCAGGAUUUCUCUUACAGUGAAGGAUUGAAAAGCAAACUUUUGCUUCAUCUCAUGAUCUGUAUAUACCUCUGUCUUGAAGCAACUUGAAUCUUGGUAUAAUAAUCCAACAAGCCAGAGAAAUUCUCUAGUCAACAUUGCAUUCAGCUUACUCAUGUUUCUCAACUGUGGCAACUUUUAAGACGUAUGGACUUCAACUCCCACAAUUCCGUCACGCAUCUUAAAGCUACCAAAGUUGAGAAGCACUGUCUUAGACAUCCUGUUCAUACAGUUACAUUUCUCAUUUCAUCAUU